CGGUCUCGCGCACCCUGGCGGGGCGGGCCGAGGAGCCGCCUCAGUGCGGAGCGGAGAGCGGGGCAGCGACAUCGCCAACAACCACCACCAACAACCACCACCAACAAGCACCAACAACAACAAGCACCACCAACAAGCACCAACAAGGUCGCCAGCGCCAACAAGGAAAACCUCACCGAGUCUCAGGGCUGUUGUGCAGGAGAGCCCUGUCGAGUUUUCGCAGUAGGGGGCGAAUGUGCUGGGUUUCAUCCCUAUUGACUCAUUUCCAGGAGUGUGCUGCCAGGUGCAUGAAUGGCCAUGAAUUCCAAGGCGGUGAUCAGCAAGGAGGUGUUUGGGACAAAUGACGAGCGUAUGCUGGCUGCCAUGCAGGUGAAGCGACGUGGCAAGAAGCGCAUUCCCUUCCUGGCAACAGGCGGCCCUGGGGAAUACGUCACCUACAUCUGUGUGUCAGUAACGAACCGAAAACCGACGCAAGGGUUCAUCACGAAGGUGAAGCAGUUUGAUGGGACGGCUGGCUUCGUGAAGCGCACCACUUGGGGACUCGAGCAGCUGCGGCAAGUCAACGGCAUCGGCGCUGAGCAGGACUGUCCGGAGCUGGAUCUGCUGUUCGAUAAUGCCCAGGACCAGUGGGUGGCCAGCUCGACGUCCGAGAAGAACACGUUUUUGCAGGUGCUGCACAACACGUGCCAGCGGUACCGUACCAACGGCAUGCCCGCCUUCACCAACGUGCCCGCCCGCCUCAUCUCAGGGGUGAGUAUCCUGGGCUCUGCGGCGGACAGCAUGAGCAGCGCCGUGGCGAUGGCGAGCCAGGCGCUAAGCGAGCGUGGGGAGCGGCUCGGAGAGGCCGAGGACCGCACGGCCGAGAUGGCGCAAAGCGCCCAGCAGUUCGCUGACACCGCCCACAAGCUCGCGGAGAAGUACAAAUGCUGAGAAGUGCCUGGAACCCACCCAGCUGUAAUGCACACGCACACGUGCAUGCAUACGGCCAUUUACACGCAUGCACGUGCAUGCAGUCGAUGCCUUCGAGCCGUGCCAAAGACGGAAACAUGAGGACGCCCGCAUGCACAGAAGAUCUCCCCCACAGUUUCUCCAGGCCGCUGUCGACAUGACAUGUGACCUGUUUGCGAAUUUUUAAUUUUGUAAUUUAACCACCGAGGAAGCACAUCGACAUAUAAUGCGUUUACAAGUAAAGCACAUGUGAUUACCCAGCAACUCUGCGCCUCGUUCUUGCGGUGCAGACCCUAGGCGUAUGAUUGACUAUUAAAUAUAUAUAUGGAAGUCGGUCACGGUAAGGAGGGCAUUGUGCGGACACAGGCGCAUCUUCAUUAGCGUGGAGCUGCAGCAGAGGAGGGAGUUUUCCAGUGGCUGCCGCUGAGAUAGUGCCAGCCCAAGGCGAGAUCAGGGCCGUGAGAUUGCACGCCGAGGUUGAGAACGCGCACGGUUCCGUACAAUAAAAUAAUCAUAAUCUGCAAGCGACAUCCUUUGGACAAACAACAAACCUGCUUUUACCGCCCUGCGUCCAUUCAGACGAUGAUAGUAAUGUCACAAAGGCCAUGGAAAACUGUUCUCAGGGGCCACCACGUGACUUUAUGUAGUUGAUGUAAAUGCCUACUGCUGUGAGUUGGUGCUGUCAGCAAUAACCUGUUGUGGGGUGACAUCGGCAGUGGGCUCGCUGCCUCAAUGGACAUUCAUUCCUCGUGCGUUUACAUGGCAGUGGCGGCACCCGGUGUGCCUGCCUCCAUUUCUUCCUGGAACACCGGCACACCAGCUUUAUGUUCACCGCUGAUUGCACAAACCAAACACUUAAAAUUAAUGACGUAAUCUUUUGAAGCCCUAAAUAUGCAUUCAGACUUUAUGCACUGACACAAUCACAAAUUUCCAAAACAGCGUUGCUUCCGUCGAACUGGGUUGUCUUGUGGCGUGGGGGAGCCACGGCUGCCACUGGAGUUCAGAGCGGUCCGAGUGUUCGUGCCGUGCGCUAUCGUUGAAUUAACACUGAAUUUGCACGUGCCAGAUCGCCACAACGGAAUACUGAAAUAGACUUGUAUGACAGGAAGCCUGCCCGUAAUCCAAAGCAACUAAAAUAAUAAAAUCCGACCGAA